AUGGACAUACCCAACGACCGCUAUCAACAGCAGUCACAUGUGCCGGUCCCAGGCCAACCGGCCACACCACGCAUGCUCAGAUCCGUGUCGAACUCCAUGAAGAAUUCUCGAACUGAUGUAGGCGACCUGAAGUCUCAUGGUUCCCACUCGCGGACGCCCAGCUAUACUCGUGUGCCGCCUCGUGAGAAGGAGUUGUUGCCACCCGCUAAUUUCGUCUCCAAAUCGCUGCACCCACAGCCCCAGGUUCCUCCGCCAAACCAUCAGCAUGCGCAACUGCAUCACCAGAGCCAGCCCUUGAGCCAGCAGCUGGGUCUGCACCAUCAGGAAGGUCAGCGGUCACUGAACCAUGCCCAUCCCCAUUCGCAGCAUAAACUGUCGCAUUCAUCUCUGCAGCAACAGCAACAGCAACAACAGCAGUUCCAUCGUAAAUCCAUAGGUGACUGGGACUUCAUCCGUACCAUUGGUGCGGGCUCCAUGGGUAAGGUGAAGUUAGCCCGUCACAAUGUUACCAACGAGAAAUGUGCGGUGAAGAUCGUCCCUCGUGCUGCCAAGUUGUAUCAGCGUGCUCAUGCCAAUGAUCCACCAUUGAAAUCAGCCGAAGAAGCUGCUCAGCGCCAAAAGGAGUUUGAGAAGGAGGUGGCCAGAGACAAACGAACCAUCCGUGAGGGUGCAUUGGGCCGUCUUCUUUUCCAUCCGCAUAUCUGCCGUCUUUACGAGAUGGUGCCCAUGACUAACCAUUAUUACAUGCUUUUUGAGUAUGUUGAAGGUGGCCAGUUACUUGACUACAUUGUGUCACACGGUUCACUUAAUGAGAAGUAUGCGCGGAAGUUUGCUAGAGGUAUUGCCCUGGCUCUCGACUACUGUCACCGUAACAAUGUGGUGCACAGAGACUUAAAGAUUGAGAACAUCAUGAUCAACCAGAAGGGUGACAUCAAGAUCAUCGACUUUGGCUUAUCUAAUUUGUACAUGCCUAACCAUUUGCUCAAGACAUACUGUGGCUCAUUGUACUUUGCUGCUCCAGAAUUGUUGAGUGCAAAGCCUUAUACUGGACCCGAGGUGGACGUGUGGUCAUUUGGUGUGGUAUUGUAUGUCUUGGUCUGCGGUAAGGUGCCAUUCGACGACCCGGUAGUGUCCGUUUUGCACGAGAAAAUCAAAAAGGGUAAUGUCGAGUAUCCUUCGUUCAUCUCCAAGGAAUGUGUUUCGCUCUUGUCUCGCAUGCUAGUGGUAGAUCCAAACAGAAGAGCAACACUUCAGGAAGUGGUCCAGCAUCCUUGGAUGAACAAGGGCUACGAGUUCAUUGCGCCAAACUACAUGCCAAAGAGGGCCCCUCUCACACUCCCAUUGGAUUCUGAAAUCAUUCAAACUAUCGCCUCUUUCGACCUUGGACUGGCACCAAUGGUAUCUGAAGAAUUAACCAAUAUCAUUAGCAGCUCCGAAUAUCAAAUGAGCUCAGAAAAUUGGUACAAGGCUAACAAACAGGGCCGCCCUUAUUCUCUGCUGAUGUCGCUUCCUGAUCCAACUUGUAGCUUCCACCCAUUGGUUUCCAUUUAUUACUUGGUUGACGAGAUGCGCAAGCGUAAGAAGGCGAAGGAAGAAGCCUUCAAGGCCCAAAUGAGACAACAGGUAGAUAAUGCCGCUGCGGUGGACCCAAACUCUCAAAAGUUACCAGCUGUUGUUUCUGAGGCUCCUAAGCCAAACAGAGUUCCAUCUCAAUCACCUCCGAAGGAACCGUUCCCUCUGAUUGAAUCGCCAAAACCACUAGUGGUUCAGCAAAGUCGCCCAGAGGAACGCAAAGAGAACCCUUUCAGAGCUUCGCAGCCACCAAAGCAGUCUCUUCAACCAACCCAGAAUAUUCCGACUUUGCAAUACCCAGAGCAAGCACACACAUCGGCAAUUCCAAGUUCAUUGAAUCGCAAGUCCCAGUCGCCAGUUGCUGAGGAUGGCGACCAAAUUCAACAGCAAAUCUUGCCUCAGAGUCCAAGCAACUCGGUUACACAUGAGACUUUGGAUCCAAAUGCUGGCAAACCACUUGGAUUCAAUUCCUUACUCAGGAAGUUGUCAGCUAAGAGGUAUAAGAACCCUGGAUCGCCUACCAAAAGUGCAACUCCUAAUAGGGAUUCAUUUGGUGACGAUGUUUUAUCUACACCAAAAACCUCAUUCAACGAUUCUCCAAACAAAUUGCUGCCACAAUCGUCCAGUUCUAGCAAGAGGGACCCAAUGGUCCGUCGUGGUAUGAGUAUGAAGGUCACGGCGAAGGAGAAAUCCAGUGCGUCGAGGGUGAGUCUCGAGAAGGAGCAACUUAUGAAGCAACAGAGAGCGCAACCAAGGGCAAAUGAGCAGUCUUCAAGCUACAAAAGUCAUGCCAGAUCUUCUUCCACUUCCGGUAAUAAUAAAUUUCAUGGUUUCAUUCCAGUGGAAUACUUGCCUCCAUUACCUAACAUCAACACUAGUCAAAUUUCUGGAGCAAGCAACUCGGUCAAAGCUGAGAAGGCAGAAAAUGAGGCUGCCCCUGUCGUGGAGACGAAGAAAUUUCACCCCACUGCAAGAGCAAAGUCAGUUGGUGGACAUGCUAGAAAGGAUACUGCCUACUACAGAGGUGGGAACCAACAUCCUGCCUUACCAAACUCAAUGGUUUCUCAGAACAGUGAUGAAGAUGAGGACACUUCUCAAGUCAGAAAAGAUGAUGUAUUCUUUGAUGACGUCACACUUGAUGAUUAUGAUCACCAGCAGCUUCCAAACUUGACUGAGGAACAAAUUGUCGAACAGUUCAACAGAGCUAGACGCAACAGCAUGCCAUCUAUUGAGUAUCCAAAAACACUUUUCUUGAAAGGUUUCUUCAGUGUUCAAACCACUUCGACAAAACCAUUGCCUGUUAUUCGUUACAAUAUCAUCAAUGUUUUGACGAAGUUGGAUGUUAAGUUUCAAGAAGUCAAGGGAGGUUUUGUGUGUGUACACUCUCCUUCAUUGGCUGUUACUCAUUCUUCAGGUGAAGUUACUCCAACAGCUAGUACAAUCAUUGACGAAUACAGACUGGAUGAUAACAGUGAGGAGAAACGCCUCUAUGGAGAUGCAUUCAAGUCCUCUUCUGAGUCCUUGCACAGGACAGGAGAGUCAAAUGACGGAAAGAAGACUCCUGAGCCUGAGGUCCAAGCACCUCAAGUUAUCACUCCCCAACAAAAUUCCAAGCAUUUCAGCAGGCAACCAUCCCUCAAAUUGAACACCAAUGUCUCUCUGGGUGGAUCCAACAUGUUGUCACCGGCAUCCGCAAAGGGCCACCGCUCUUCGAACUCCAUGAGCAGUAGUCACAGAAGAAAGUUCUCAAUUGGUCAGUCUAUCUUGCACUCGUACAGAAAGAGGAAUGGCUCUCAAACAUUGAUGCCUCCCAACACUCCUGCCGCUGCUAAACUUAACAAACUGCUUUUGGGUGCUGGUAAUUUGGAUUACGACGACCUUGAUGAGGAAACACGGGCUCAAAUUGAACAAUUGGCUGACGAUGAUUCUGUUGACUCUCUUAGUGGUAUUAUGGUGGGCGGAGGAAGCGACAUGUUAGUAUCAUCCAGAAUUGAGCAGAAGGCACACCACAAAUCCGCAAGCGCAUCUUGGGAGCAUGGCAAUGAACAGGAGAGUGGUUCGACCAGAAAAACUCCGUUGAAGUUUGAGAUCAACAUCGUCAAGGUGCCACUUGUGGGAUUAUAUGGAGUCCAGUUCAAGAAGACCCUCGGUAACACUUGGAAUUACAAGACAUUGGCCAGCCAAAUCUUAAAUGAGUUGAACUUGUAA